CUGGAGACUUUCUACCGAGGGGCGGUCGCCUCGGUUUUCUGUUACCAGUCCUUUCCCCAUGGACCCGGAGUGCCCAUUGAGCCCAUAGACCAUCUCCUCGGAGCUGCGCUUAUCAGACGGGUGGCCCCGGGGUCCGGGUGCGACCCCGGGGUCCCGGGGUGUCCCACCAGGGCUCUCGCCACCCGCCCCAGCGCAGGUACCCGCUUCCGAAGGGAAAAAGACCAGCAGACAUCCCCUAAGAGAGUGAACCUUUGUGGCCCCCCAACAAGACAAGACACCGCGACUCCAGGAGACUGAGCAGAUUCUGAGCUAAGCGGCAGCACAACUUCAAGCUGGAGGAAGCGGCAAAACCUGCGUCGGUAGUGACAGACAUAGACAUGGGUCCCGAGCCGGCGAAGGCGGACACUGAAGCCUCCGCACCUUUAUCCACACAGGAUCCGGCGCCGGAGCUGGAGCCCGUGCCAGUGCCCACUCCGGUACCAAUGCCGGUGUUGGAGCCUGUCCCGGAUCCGGACCCGGAACCGGAGCCCGAGCCCGUGCCGGAGCCGGAGCCUGAUCCCGAGCCCGAGCCUGAUCCCGAGCCCGAUCCUGAUCCCGAGCCCGAGCCUGAGCAGUCCGAGAUGGUCUCAGAGCAGGAGACCAAAGUCCUGGUGGCACAGGCCAAUGCCCUGGUUGCUCAGGGGAGCCUCCGGGAAGCCCUCGAGAUUUUCAAACAGCUUUCAGGGCUGCAGCAGCUAGUGCCCGAGCAGCUGGAGCAGCUGGUGCUCUCCCUAGCGGGGAACGUCCAGGCGCUCCCAGCCGAGUGUAGAGCGGCAACGACUACCACGGUGAUUGAUGAAGAGGCAAGGGCCGCCUUUGAGGCUACAGAGGUGUGGGAAGGCUUUAAGUGUCCCAAGUGUCACAGCUUUCUCUCAGAUCCCGUGUCCCUACUGUGCGGCCACACCUUUUGCAAAUUGUGCCUGGAACGCGGCCGCGCCGCUGACCGGCGCUGUGCUGUGUGCGGGGUCAAGCUCUCCUCUUUGCUGAGCCCCGGGCGGAUGCGCUUUAUCCGGCGCCUAGGGCUGCUGGGUCCUAUCGAGCCUCCGCUGCCGAUAGAGCCACUCCUGCCGCUGCCACCCCGGCCCCAGCUGCAGCUUCGAGUCAAUGUAGUGCUCAACAGCCUCCUGAGCAAGAUGUUCCCAGGCCGGGCCCGGGCGUCUCAACUUCGGCACGAGGGCAACAAGCUGUACCGCGAUAACCAGGUGGAGGCAGCGCUGCUGAAAUACAACGAAGCCGUUAAACUAGUUCCAAAUGACCACCUGCUUUACAGCAAUCGAUCUCAGAUUUAUUUUGCCUUGGAGGAUCCUGAGAAAGCACUGCACGAUGCAGAAAUAGCUUGCAUGCUCCGUCCUAUGGGAUUCAAGGCACAUUUCAGAAAGGCACAGGCCUUAGCCUCUCUGGGAAACUUAGAGGAAGCUAUGAAGGAAUUUCUAUUCUGUUUGUCCCUCGAUGGAAAAGACAAGAAAGCAAGAUCUGAAGCCCAGAAGCUUCUCCUUAGUUUCUUUUCACCAUCAGUCCCGGGGGAUUCUCAGGAACAAUCUCCUGAUAUCCUGAAACUGUUGGCACCUCACCUUAGAUUAAUGGAACAAGUAGAGUCAAUGGCUACUGAAGGCACCAUCCAUAAUCUACCAGACUUGGCACAGGAAAAUAUGGAACUCCCACACUGUUCAUAUCAUGAGGAAGCAGCAGCCUGGGGAGAUAGCACCAGCCCCAUGGAUACCACUGAAACCCAGGAGUGUGACAUGAAAGACCAAGAAGAAGAGGAGGAGGAGGGUGCAGCUGCCUUUCCAGGAACUUCUGGAGCUUCCUCUAGCAACACUGGUAAAUGCCAGGAGAAGAAAAGAAAACUCUGCAAAAUGGAAAUUCAAGAUCCAUCUGUUCCUAGCAAAGCUUCUAAGCAAGAUUUCAACAAUGAGCAGGAAGCUGUACCUGCUUUUAGUGAACCGCUUGCAACUUUUGACGCAACAGACCUUGAAUGUGCCUUGUGCAUGAGAUUGUUCUUCGAGCCAGUUACAACACCUUGUGGGCAUACUUUCUGCUUAAAAUGCUUUGAAAGAUGCCUUGAUCACAAUGCAAAAUGUCCACUCUGCAAAGACAGUCUUUCACAGUGCUUGGCAUCAAGAAAAUACAAAAUAAAUGUCACCAUGGAGGAAAUAAUCGCUAAAUUUCUUCCAGAAGAUCUAGAAGAACGAACAAAAAUUGAUGAAGAGGAAAUGGAAGAACUUUCUAAUUUAAAUAAGAACGUGCCUAUUUUCGUGUGUACUAUGGCUUAUCCCUCCGUGCCAUGCCCACUACAUGUCUUUGAACCUUGUUACCGCCUGAUGAUUCGGAGAUGCAUUGAGACAGGCACAAUGCAGUUUGGCAUGUGCCUUGGCGAUCAAUUGAAGGGAAAUUUUGCUGAAUAUGGCUGCAUGUUGGAGAUCAAAUACGUUCAGUUCUUUGCUGAUGGCUGCUCAGUGAUUGAGAGCGUAGGGAGGCGACGCUUCAAAGUCCUCCAACAGAGCCUGCGAGAUGGCUACAACAUAGCUGACAUCGAAUACAUUGAAGAUCAUAAGAUUAAAGAAGAGGAUUAUGCUGAGCUCAUGGGUUUACACAACUGUGUCUAUGAACAAGCAUCAUCAUGGUUUCAUUCACUCAGAGCAUCUCUGAAGAUGCGGAUACUCAAUCACUUUGGUCCAAUGCCAAAGAAAGAUGCUGAUAUCAAGGCACACCCUAAUGGCCCAGCCUGGUGCUGGUGGAUCUUAGCGGUUCUCCCACUGGAAAACCGAGCUCAGCUCCCGUUCCUGGCCAUGAGAUCCCUAAAAGAUAGAUUGAAUGGAAUUCAACGGGUCUUGGCCUUCGUUGGAAACCAGUGAGAAAGGUAGAUGGCUGAAGAGGAAUUCUUACUCUCUUCACUGCCCCAGGGGGGCAUUGUCUUGUAAAUAUAUCGAAUGGCAAUAACAUCUUAACAGAAGGAAGUCUCAAACAGAGAGGCUAUUGAUCAUAGAGUGAACUUGCAUAGUCCCAUGGAAAGAAUUGGGACCUGUUUGAAACUUUCUGUCUUAAGAUGCUUCUUGAUGUGCUGCACAACUAGACACACAAUAGAGGUGUUAAAAGAGCCCAGAAGAAAAAAAAAUUCAUUUGAUUUUGACAUAAAAAUUUCUGAAAGUCUCAAAUGGUUUUGGUUUAAUUUUCUUUCUUUCAUAGAUGAAUGACUGUGUGGGUGAAGUGUGAGGUGAAAAUGCUAAUGAUGUUACUGCAUUCUUUCAUUGACUUAAAGUCUCAUUCCAAUGGUUCAAAUUUUAUACAGCAUUGUGUAUAAUAAUGUUCAUACUUCUUUCCAUGUUGAUCACUUAUUUUUUACACUACUGUAUCCUUUUCUAGGUGUAUGUUGAUAACUAUUUAAGUGUACAGUAUGGAAAAGUAUUGUUUUAUUUAUUGGUAUGUUUUACAAUGUACCUAGGGGGAAGUAAUAUGCCAAAUGUGAAAUCUGUGCUUGAAAUAUUUUUGCUUUACAUUUUAUUCUAGUUCUUGAUACAGUUUUAUAUAUACAUAUGUGUGUAUAUACUAUAUCCAUGUAGAUGUUUUUAAAAGUUUAGAAUCAAACUAAAAUCAUCUCUUUAAUGAUUCCAUUUUGAUAAUGGAAAAAUAGUUAAAGGAUUUGGCAUAGCUUAAGACAUAGGCCAGGUACAAGUCAAGUAAUCUAUUUCCUAUAUGUUAGAUAUAGCAAGGCUGAAGGAAUUAUUUUUCUGGAAUAACAAGAUGAAUCAGAGGAGUGUCUUCUCUUACAAUGUGCUAUCAGCACUCCUUUUGACAGUCCAUUACUGUAUAUAAUUUCUCUCCAAUUAAAAAUGGAAUUCUUUGGAAAGGUAAUAUUUAACCCUUCAGGGGGAAUGGCUUUCAUUUUGGCUCACUAGUUUGCCAAACUAGUUUCCACAACCACCUUUUUUGGGGUUCAGAAAGCUUCAAAGACUUGGCUAGCAUUUGUGAAAACAGUUGGUAAACAGUCUGUUAUAUAAAAAGGAAAUAAGUUGGUUCAUCUAGAAUCCUUUAAAAGAUACACCAAACUGUAUAUUGAUGUGUAUAUAUGUAUAUACAUAUAUACAUAUGUAUGUGUAUGUAUAUAUAUAUAUAUAGUUUUUGGAUUUUCAGUCUUUUUCAAAGGACUAAACACUGCCUUUUCUACUAAUUGCUUUUUGUCAAAGAUUUCAAUGUUGGGGAAGAAGUGUGGCUAAAUAUUUAACUUGCCUUGUGUUACUUUGAGCCUUCAAUACCAGGAGAAACUUGGGAAAUACUGUGCAUAUAGGAGUGUUUUAGUAAUAGAGUGACUAGCAUGCCAUUUGUACCUUUGUGCAAAUAAUCUUCCUUACUAGACAGCUGCACCACAUUCCUCCCUAGCUGCCAUCCAUUCUGUUAAGGUGAGUGGUUAAUGCCCACAGUAAUCAGUCUGGCGUCUUGUACCAUUGCCCAUGGUCAGAAAUAGAAGAGAAUGAGAAAAUCUGGACAACAUAGAAGAGACUUAUGUAAGCAAAAACCAAAUGAUCUUUUCUAUAAUUUUUUAAGGAACACUGUGUUGUCUGUUACUGGGUUUGAUGUUCGGAGCCAAACAGUGAAGGAUGAAAAUAUAGAUAUACAAGGUUCAGAGAGCAGGAAAUCAAAGAUCUUUAUUUCCACCUGGUACCCAGUUAUGUGAUCCAUAGCAUAGUUCUGACAUGAGUGUUUUCUUGGUAUUUAGUUUAAAUGCAUCAGAGAGAAAGGACAUAUGUUCCAUUUCUUGCAAGAUGUAUUCACCUUUUGGUGAGUGAUUUCAUUUCACCGAUUCCUAUUUCCCCUGUCUAACAAAUAGUAGUGAUAAUAGUUAUGGCUAGGACCAUUGAUAUAUGUAAAUAACUUAGCACAGUGCCUACCCUAUAGGAGGUAGGGAAAAUGAUAGCUAUUAUAAGCUUACUUCAAGUUCUGAAAUAUUACAAGGGACUUAUAUUUGCCUAAAACACUGCCUUUACACAAAAUAUCUGUUUUCAAACCCUUUUAAAUAUGUUCAGAGAGAUCUAUGCCACUGACAUGCAGAUGAUAACUUAAAGAUGUAUGGGUAAUACCUUUGAGGAUAAGUCUCUUUAGGCAGGCAAAGACAGAAAAACAACUGAGGUUUGAAGGAAAGGGAGAAGAGUAUGACGGCAAAAUUUCCUGUUUUCACUUAAUCACUUAACUUCCCGUUAGUCGUCGAUUUGCUCGAGCAGGCGCCAGUAACGUCUCCAUUUGUCCCUGUUGCGUGCUAGUGUAGCCCAAUGGCAUCUCUUCGCUCCGGGAACAUGGAGGGCCUCAAACCGAUCGUUCAUGAUCUUGACAAAGAAGUCUGACCAUCUGGUAGGUGGGCGGCCACGCGGUCUCUUGACAUCCCGUGGAAUCCAAUCAGUAACAGCUCUAGUCCAACGGUCGUCUUUAAAUCUCAUUACGUGACCAGCCCAUCUGAUUUUCUUGUGGCAGCCUAGGUCGGCCUUGAGAUUUUGUCGGCCUCUCCUUUCUCAUCCUUCUCAGUGCUGCCAUGUCGGUGAAGCCUUCAGGGUCAGGUGAAUGAGACCAGUUGUAGUUACUGGUUUUGGCAUAUCGAAUACACAGCGGAUAGCUUGCCAGGCUCUUCCUGUUUUAAUAGGGCUAAAAUUUCAUGUUUGGAAAACUAGACUUCUUGAUAUAAUGGAAGCCUUAAAUUCUAGUUUCAGUAGAGUACCUUAAGUUCCAGCUCCAUUAAAAUAACUAAAUUGUCACUCUUUGUGCCCUAUUAUGCAUUGGGAAUCUUGACAAUGCCAGGAGAACAGAUUUCAUUGUCUGGCUUUUAAGGUUAGUUUGUGGCGUUUUUUUGUUUAGUGCAGCUCUGAUCAUUCCACGCCCUCCCAAUCCCCAGACAAAUUUAUUUAUUAUUAUUUUUAAUUGAAUCAUAGUAAAAUAGAGUUACAAAGCUUUCAUGAUUGAGUUUCAGUAAUACAAUGAUUGGACACCAGUCCCUCCACCAGUGUGCGUUUUCUACCACCAAUGACCCCAGUAUCCCUCCCACCAGCCCCAUUCCAUCCCACCCCCUACCUUUGUGGCAGACAACUUUCUUCUUUCUCUCUACUUUGGGCAUCAUGGUUUGCAAUAUAGAUACUGAGAGACCAUCAUGUUUGAUCCUUAGCCUACUAUCAGCACAUAUCUCCCAUUCUGAGCAACCCCUCCAACCAUCAUUGACUUAGUCCCCAUCCAAAUUUAUUGAGCACUUGACUCUUAAGUGGCUUAGCAACACCUUUGAGAUUCUUUUACAAGAUUUUAAUACUGUAGUGGUGAGAGACAAGACACACUUUGGCUUGCUCUGAGAUGUAUUUGAAAGGGACAAUCAACAGAUCAUGACCAUUUCCCCCUUGUGAGCUGAUUUUGUUACAAAGCUUGGUUAUGUGAGUAGAAAGACUAGACAUUGGAUUAACUCUAUAUGAGUGCAAGACUUCCCCCUUGGUGGAUAGUUCCCUGUAUUUUGUUAGUUUUCCUGUUUCGUUAUUUACCUAGUAUUUUGGUAAUACUUUUUCUCUGUGUGUACAUAUAGGUGUAAUUGUGUAUAUAUAGAUGUGUGUGUACGUAUCAAGUGGACAUUAUGACUUUAUGUUUGGUACUGUACUACUGCUGCUAGUGAAUAACCAGCAAAAUGUAAGAAUUGAACUUUCUGUAAACAACUAUGAGAAACAGUACUGGCCUCUGAUAUGGGGGCACAGAGAACUGACGAUUUCAAAAUUUUGCCUUUACUGAAGACCUACUGCUUCUAGUCCAGUGCUGAGGAAGCACAGGAUAGUUGAGUCACUGCUUUUGUGACCCUUACAGCUCAGCAUAAAGAGCUGAUUGGGCUCAGAUCAUCCCCUGGGGGUUGGCAGCAGAGCUCCUGCAGCUUGUUCACGGAGCCUGGAGAACUUUUAAAUGCCAACAGAUUGCACACUGUGGAUGAACUAGAAUCCACUGGGGACUGUGUUCCCCACACCAACCCCAUUUCUAAGAUGGGAGUUUUACUGAGGGAACUCAGUCAUUGAGUUCCCAACAUGCUGGCUUUACAGCCAUUUUUAUUUCCCUAGGAAGAAUCACGAGUAAAAAUUCCGAAGGAAGAUGCAGAUGGAAAACAGCCCUUAUAAGGGAUAUAGGAUAGAUUGUAAACCCUUUCCUAGGUUUAAGGCUUUGAUUUUACUGGGUUUACAAAUUUGGUGAUCAACGGCAAUGCUGAAGAGCAGCUGGCUGCCCUUCAUGGCCCUUGCUGAAGGAGAAAAGAGGGGGAAAGGAGCCAUGUGAGAUGGAGACCUUACUUUUAGAAUGUGAAUGCUCAUGGUUCACUAUUUAACUAUUUGGGUUAUAUAUACCCAGCGGUGAAAGGAAGAUACUUUCACUAGAAUGGAUCUUUUCAACGGUGGUUAGUUAACUUUGGAAGAGAAGUGCCUGUAAUUUCUGUAUUUAGUCUUAUAUCAAAUCCUUUUCUCUAUGAUUCUGUAAUUCUUUAAAAUUUGAAAAUCCAUCUCAUCAAAUAUGAUUAACAGAAGUUUACAAAACUACACUGUAGCUUAGGCAUUGUUUAAAAGGUUGCUUGGCAUUAAUCAAUUGUCAGAGCAGCAACAGUAAAUGAGAUUCAAGAGCAAAUAGGUCAUUGUGGUAUCAUAGGCUUAUCUUAGAUAAACUAGUUUCAUCAUUUUAUGAAAUACUUAGAAAUGCCAGGAUUAAAGUAUCAAGUGAAUCUUUUAAACAGUGGCAAAUGUGUUUGUCUGUUACUCCAUUUGCUUAAUAAGUAGUCGUUUCAGUCUUGAACAGUAAUUAAUUGAAAGAUUAAUUAAGAUUGUGCUUACCCAAUGUCUCCCCACCCCUCCCCACACUCCACCCUCAC